UACAGAUCACUGACGGCCGGAUACUACAGAGGCACAUCCGGAUGUUUUGAUUUACGUUUCUGGGGAGACACGUCAUAAUCAAACGUCAUCAUGUCGCAUAAAUACGUCUCGAACAAGGCCGUCAUGAAGAACCAGGGGUUCUUGGACAAGCUGGGUUCGACGCUCAUGUCCCGAUCGAACCCGAACCCGAUGACUGAGGUUAAGACCCAAUCAAGCAUUACCUGGCAUAAGACCUCAGACGUGAAGGCUCGCAUCAAGACUGCUACAGGGACUAUCGCUAUCUACGAGGAUAUGAGCCCGGAGGAGAUAGCCGAACUGCAAGAACAGGCGACUAUGGCGGCAGGAGGAACCGCACCCGAGCUCUCUGGUGCCGCAGCUACCGCAGUACAGACAGCAGCCAUCGCCGCAGGAAUUGGC